GGUCGAAAGAGCAUCACAACCAUUUGUCCAGGAAGUCUUUGCCACGCCACAGAGAUGUUGGAUUGGAUGUCUGUCGCCCCGAGUGGGUUGAGCGCUUUUGCCGGAACAGUAUUACUUGCGCUGAUCUACUCAGCGACGACCGUCGGGUAUAACUUGUACCUCCACCCUCUUGCCAAAUACCCUGGACCGAAAGUAAGAGCUGCGUCCGGAUGGCCAUAUUUUCUGGAUCUCAUUCGCGGCAACUCACCGCAAUACAUGCUCGAGCUGCACGACCAAUAUGGCCCAGUCGUCCGGGUUGCCCCGAAUGAGCUCAUCUUCAAUCGUCCUCAGGCCUUCAAGGACAUAUAUGGUCGCAAAGCUGGACAAAAAGAGCUCAGGAAGGAUGAAAUGUAUGCCAGCGGGAUGGGCGAACCGACGCUGCUAUACUGCGACGAAACUUAUCACUCCUACAUUCGAAAGUUGAUGGCUCCAGGUUUCUCCGAGAGUGCGCUCAGGAAACAGGAGACCGUGGUUCAAAGUCGUCUUGCGUUGUUGAUUUGCAAGCUUCACGAAGAAGGUCAAGACGGGCACGCCUCGAUUGAUCUUAUGAAAUGGGUCAACUUCUUCAUAUUCGACGUCGUCGGGCAUCUUACGUAUGGAGAUUCUUUCGAAUGCAUCACAUCGUCGGCCUUACAUCCCUGGAUCACCAAGUUCACAGGGCUAGGCAGACCCAUGGCCUACGCUCAAGCCUCGCAAAGAUUGCCGAGAUUCCUUCGCCUUCCGUUCCUGGCCUUGAUGCUUGACAGGAGUUUGCUGUCAGACCGCAAGUUCCUCUAUAAGACAAGCGAGAAGGCAAAGGUACAAGCUCGUAUCGCCAAAGAAUCGCCCAUUCCGGAUUUCAUGGGCACUCUGAUCGAGUCUCACAAGGACGGCAAAAUGACCGCGCUCCAGCUGAACUCCAAUGCCGUGUUUCUCAUGGCAGCAGGAACGGAGACCUUGGUCACCUCGGUCGUUCAUACCAUCUUUCGGUUGUUAACGAAUAAGCAUGCCUUGCUCAAGCUCACCCAGGAGAUCCGUUCAACAUUUACAACCUCGGAGGACAUCACCAUGACAGGAGUCAACAAAUGCAGGUAUCUUCUAGCUUGCCUCGACGAGAGUUUGAGGAUCCAAGCUCCAUCUCCGGUAACUCACCCUCGAUUUACGCCUACCGAAGGUAUCACCAUCGAUGGUCAUUUCGUGCCUGGAAACAUGGCUGUAGGUGUACCGAUACACGCGGCUUGUAGGAGUUCCGUCAACUUCCACGACCCGGACACGUACGCCCCAGAGCGGUGGACAGGGGAGGAUCGCCGGUAUAUCAAUGACUCCAAGGACGCGGCUAUGAUAUUCUCAGUGGGCCCAAGGGACUGUCUCGGUCGUAGCAUUGCCAUGAUCGGGCUGAAACUUGUGAUCGCGCGGCUGAUCUGGCACUUUGACAUUGAGCAAUGUUUCCCGGACGACUGGGCAGAGCAGAAGGUGUACCUUGUGUGGGAGAAGUCACCUCUGAUGGUUAAGCUCCAUCCGGUGAAGAGGUAG